CUGGGACUUUCCCUGAGACUUUGACGGGAAGUUCUUUCAACUUGCGCAGACAGAAAAGGCUUGCGACAUCCCCUCAUCUGUUUCUCCCCGUGCACUCACCCCGGCUUCCACUAGAUAAACACCAGAUGGGCUGCCAGGGUUUCUGCACUCUUCUCUGCAGCUCCUGAGGUCUCUCUUGGUCCAGCACAUACAGCAUCUCAGCAGCUCGGAGAGCACUGGCUUGCUUAGGAGGACUGCAUCAGGUUGAGUGCACAGAUGAAUACAAAUUCUUCCAGCAUGAUGGCCUUGGCUCCUAACACUUCUAAGAAAAGAGAGACAGUGUGCAUAUUUGGAACUGGAGAUUUUGGACGAGCUCUGGGGCAUAAAAUGAUUCAGUGUGGCUACCACGUGGUGUAUGGAAGUCGGAGCACCCAGAUAUCAAACCUGAUUCCCAAGGAUGCAGAGGUGUUGAGCCACACAGAGGCAGCACAGAAAGCUGCCAUCGUCAUUAUAGCAAUCCAGAGGCAACAUUACAACUUCCUUACACCACUAGCAGAAAUUCUCCGUGGAAAAGUUGUGGUGGACAUAAGCAACAACUUAAAAUUAAACCAGUAUCCUGAAUCCAAUGCAGAGUACCUUGCUCAGCUGCUGCCAGGCGCCAGGGUUGUGAAAGCCUUUAACACUGUGUCAGCCUGGGCCUUGCAGUCGGGAGCGUUGGAUGCAAGCCGGCAGGUGUUUGUCUGUGGAGAUGACACGGAAGCUAAAGAAAUGGUGAUGAAUAUUGUUCGUGCACUGGGUCUCACUCCACUUGAUCAGGGAUCCCUCUUGGCUGCUCAGGAGAUAGAAAAUUACCCUCUGCAGCUCUUUCCAAUGUGGAAGUUUCCCAUCUUUUUGUCCCUUGGCCUAACUGUAUUCUUCUUCUUCUACUGUUUGGCUCUUGAUGUAAUUUACACUUACAUAUACGAAAACAACAACUUUUCAUUUUUUAUUGCAAUGACCAUUCCAAAUCGAAUCUGCCCUGUAGUGGCACUCAUCCUUCUUGGCUUGGUUUAUCUUCCUGGUAUACUUGCUGCAAUUAUUCAGUUAUACAGAGGCACCAAAUAUCGCCGUUUUCCAAACUGGCUGGACAAAUGGAUGCUGUGUAGGAAACAACUUGGACUAAUAGCCUUGGCAUUUGCCUCUUUGCAUGCUGUGUUCACUCUUGCUAGUCCACUUCGUUCCUUCAUAAAAUGGAGAAACGGCAUAUCAAUCAUUUCCCAGGCACUGAACAAUAAAACAGAACCACUCGACACGACUAAUGCCUGGCUUAGUGACUCUUACUUGGCUUUGGGAAUUAUAGGGUUUUUUUUCUUUGUUCUUGUGGGAAUAACCUCCUUGCCUUCAGUGAGCAACAGUGUCAACUGGCGAGAAUUUCGAUUUGUACAGUCCAAACUGGGAUAUCUGACACUGAUUUUGUGUACUGCGCACACGCUGGUUUACGGUGGAAAAUGGUUCCUGAGCCCAUCAGCAUACAAAUGGUAUCUUCCAAACAUCUAUAUGCUCUCCCUUGUUGUGCCAUGUGCUGUACUGGUAGUCAAAUUUGUGCUGAUAUUUCCUUGUGUGGACAAACCUCUCACACGAAUUCGACAGGGCUGGGAGAGGAAUCCCAAAUCCUCGGAACAAUCAAAUUACAUUAUAAACAAGUCUGCUGUAUAAUUAGACUAAACUGUAUCAUCAAAAAAAUAUUAUGAAGACACAUAAAAAUGAAGUCUUGAGCCUGCUCUAUCUGGAGAGGGAGAGAAAAAGUGAAAAACUUGGUCAGACCCUGUGUGAAACAAAGUUAUCCCAAUGACAAGCUUAAAAUACAAAUCAAAUGAGGCCACUGAUUUUCUACACCCCAGGCAGUCUUUCACACAGGUGCAGGCCCUCUCUUCUGCUCUAUAUAUUCCCCCUUGACUGUUUAUCCUCCAUUUCUAAGAAGAGUAUGUGAGAAGUAAGUGGUGAUCCAUGUCCCUCCUCUGUAGUUUCAAACCUCCUCCAGAGCUGGGCAGAUCCACAGUAACCUUUGCUGUUAGACAAUGGCCGCUCCUCUUCCCUAUCCUGCCCUUUGGGACUCAGGUCUACAUGCACCUAUACGCAUCCACAGAGAUCCAUAUACACACCUGCAUAUAUUUCCACACAUUUCCCUGUUUCCAUCCCCAGAAUCCACCAGCACCAAAAGAACAGAUGCACAAUGGAUGCUAUCUCUUCCUCCUAGCAUUAGUUUAUCCUCCAUUAACAUCUGAUCCAAAGAGAUCUAUGUUUAUACCUUAGAGAUAGUUGAGUAAGAUUUGUUUAGUUUAUGUACAAUGAUAUUCAAAGGGUAUGGGUCAAGGACUGCUGAAUCUUUGCUUGUACUGCUCUACCACAAAUUUGGGGGCAAGGGGAAGGACGAAAGAUCAAAAUGGCAGAGAGAUGUGAGAAGGGCUCACAAGCCCAUGCUUCUCAAGUAUAGGCAAAAAAUGAUCUGUGAUCUUUUAUGUAAGCAGUGAGUUGUAAGGAAAGAAACUGAAGGAAAAUCCUUUCUGUAUGAGGUGGUUGUAUUAUAUGUCAUAGCUAUAUCUCAUGAAGAUAAUACUGUUGGUAUUUAAAAAAACAAAUCUUUGGACAUUAUAUUACAAAUAUUCUAUAAAAAUACACAUAUUUUAAAGACAAUAAAGAUUUUUUUUUUACACUGUUGAGUUCUGUUAUCACUUCCGGAACCUCUUUUGCUAUGAUGCAGCUGCUGGUGCG